AUGGCCUCUGCAAUACUUCGAGUCUUGACAUUCGACAACCUGUCACUGACACAUACUUGCUGCUAUCGAAUUUACGAAGAGUUAUUCGAUGAUGUCACACGCACGACACCCGAAGAAGCAGAAGAAAUCCAUGAUCUCGAGCGCGAUGACAUCGAGCUUCUCGACAGAGUCGUCGCAGAGUUGGAAGAAAAAUGGGCAGGGUACAAGAAGCCCUUCGUCACUUUCAUGAAUCGAGUAUGGAGGCCUCGAAUGCGAAAGAUACGCCUCGAGCGACAGGUAGACCAGGCCAGUUACGAAGCUGAAUUGGUUGGAAUCGGUGUCAAGUUGAAAGAGCCAAAUGAGAAAACGAAUUUGGAAAUUGAUUCGGACGAAGAAAGUGAUGCAAGCUGGCCGGACGACUAUGAAGAUAGUGAUAGUGAGGGAUGGUACACAACCGACGAAGAGGAUGCAGAUGAAGUGGAAGAUCAUGGAGAAGGGAGCAGCUAG